AGAUCAGCAGGCCUACUCCUGACCAUGUAACUCUUAGUGUAAUGCUUAUUGCUUCUGAAACUGAAUUCUUAGUAAACUUUUAGUGUAACAGGUCUAUUCUAAUUAAGUUUUGAAGGGCUUUUAAAUUAUUUUGGCAAAAUUUGAUGUCAUGGAGGACUUGGAGAAGCAGCUAGUUUGUCCCAUAUGCCUGGAAAUGUUUACAAAGCCUGUUGUCAUCCUACCCUGCCAGCACAACUUGUGCAGAAAAUGUGCCAAUGAUGUGUUUCAGGCUUCAAACCCAUAUCUUCCAACAAGAAGUGGCUCAUUGACAUCUGGAGGCCGUUUCAGAUGCCCGUCUUGCAGACAUGAGGUGGUACUGGACAGACAUGGAGUUUAUGGCCUUCAGAGGAAUCUGCUGGUUGAGAAUAUCAUUGAUAUGUUCAAACAAGAAUCUAGUAGCAGCAAGCCAGCACCACAGAGAAAGGAGGAAACACCCAUGUGCGAUGUUCAUGAGGAUGAAAAGAUAAACAUUUAUUGCGUGACCCAUGGGGUGCCUACAUGCUCCAUGUGUAAGGUUUUUGGAGCUCACAAAGACUGUGAAGUGGCACCCCUCAGCAGCAUUUAUCAGACAAAGAAGACAGAGCUGAGUGACGGGAUUGCCAUGAUGGUUGGUAACAACGACAGGAUGCAAGGCAUCAUUAGUCAGCUAGAGGAAGCCUGUCGUGCCAUAGAGGAGAAUGGUCGGAGACAGAAGACGCUGGUGUGCGAAAAAUUUGACCAUCUUUACACCAUCCUGGAGGAAAAGAAAAGGGAGAUGAGUCAGAGGGUGACAGCUGAGCAGGAAGAGAAGGUGGACUAUAUCCGGAGCCUGACAAGGAAAUACGGAGACCAUCUGGAGGAGAGUUGCAAGACUGUGGAAAUGGGGAUUCAGACCAUGGAAGAGCCAGAAAUGGCUUUAUUCCUGCAGAACAUAAAGCCUCUCCUCAAAAAGAUUGCAGAAGCAUCCAAUACAGCACACUUGGAUAAGGUUGAGCGUGGCUAUGAAAAUAUGGAUCAUUACAACGUCAACUUCAAGAAGGAAGGCAAGGCCCUGCGCAGUAUUGAGUUCAUCCAAGAUGAAGAGGAUGAAGAUGAAGAGGAUGAGAAUGCAGGAGCUGAGGCCGGAGAAGCGUCACCGACUGUUUCUGCAAGUGGUGCAAUUCCAUUUACCCCUACUCAGCCUUCUGUCUCCCAGCAGAUAUCGUUUUCUCCCAGUACAACCAAAACCACUGCCUCCACCUAGUCAUCUGCCACCUAAACCAGGAGUAGGACAACUUUUGCUCCUUGAUGUUGAUUUCAGAAAUGUAGAUCUGACAUAUAAAGAAGGUAAAUCUAGAGGAAGAAGCUUGAGACAGCAGUAAAUGCACAUCACCCUAUACCAAAUGUUUUUUUUUUUGUGUGUGUGUGUGUGUGUGUGUGUGUUUUUUUUUAAAUCUGAUUAAAUAUGUAUGUUUUUAUUCCUCCUCUUCAGACAUAAUUAGUGAUAGGCUGUCCAUUGGUUGUUUCCAGAAUUUAGAUGUACUCAUGCAUUUUCAUAUUGCAACCUUUUGAGUCUCGAUGCUUAAACUUCAUCAUUAGACAGCAUAAUAAGAGGGCUUGAGAUGUUUGGUUAUUUUGUGAUUGGCAUAACUUUAUGAAUGCAGCAGCAAAUUCGAGAAAAGAUCACUGUGAUAUUGAAGUUUUUUUUUUUUCAAACUUUUACUAUUAUGUGUUGUAUUCUCUGUUGUGUAACACGGGUAAAUGAUCCUGUUACAGAGAAGCAUUUUUUUGGUCUUAUUUUUGUCUUUUUAUGGCAUA